UCUGAUCAGGCACUUACAUGGGCAGCACCUUCUAAAGGAAGGGGUCCUCCUUGAAAUUCAGUUUCCCUGGCAACUCUUGACAGCACCGCCGUCUUCCAGACAUGUGUUUGGCCUGCACCUGAUUGGUCGAUGUCUCGUCCAGCUCCACGUCCCGUUUAUACCUUAAGAGGGGCCGGCGCUCCUCUUAACACCCUCCACUUCAGCUGCUCUGGAGGCGACACCCCCCUGCUGUUUUCUGGGUCUGCAAAAGGCGCCGUCCACAUCUGGAACCUGAACAGCCGGAGGGCAGAGCGGGUUCUGGAGGGUCAUGGAGGUAAUUCAGUCAUCUGGGUCAGCACGCUGCGGACAGAAGAUACACUCAUCAGUCAGGGACGUGACAUGCGGGUCUGCCUGUGGGAUCUGACAGAAGGCCGCAGCGAGGCGCUGGACUCCGUGUGGACAGGCAGUGUUGGAUUCUGUCAGUGCUCCGUGCUGGAAAUGAGCCCAUCCAGCUACCUGCUGGCCUUUGCUGGCCCGCAGACCGAAGAGAUCAAGAUCAUCGAGAUGCCCAGUAAGAACCCGGUCUGCACGCUGACACCAGACACGAAGCUGGGAAUGGUCAUGUGCCUACAACUAUGGAAGCCUGACUCGGGUCUCGGACCGCUCCUGUUCGCUGGAUACGAGGACGGUUCCCUGUUGCUGUGGGACGUAACCCAGAGGUCCGAGCUGAGCCGUGUCAAAGCCCACCCCGAGCCCAUCAUGUGCCUGACCUUUAACCCCGGCAGUCUGAGGGGCGUAUCGGGCUCCUGCGAGAAGCAGCUCUCUUCAUGGAUGCUGGACGGCCAGAACCACAUACAGGUUAGGAGGCUCGGGGCUUAUCCGGCUGAUCUGGUCGUGUUUGUUGUUUAGGCUGCAGCUCUGGAGAUCCUGAAGAUGUGUUGCUACUUUCUGACUUAUCCAAUCCCUUUAUUC